CCCCAACAUUACCAACAAUGUCAGCGAACUACUCGGAAUGGCUGGCCAUCAAUGUGCUCAACGAGGAGCACCUCAUCAGUUAUCGGUCGUUGAGCCGCGCAUUGAAGGUGCACAGCAAUUUGGCGAAGCAGAUGCUGUAUGAUUUCCAUCGCAAGCAGAAUGCUAAAAGGCCUGGCUCGGUCCACGCCACCUACCUUAUCAGUGGGACCAAACAUGCUCAAGCACCGCAGAGUAAUGGCUAUGCGGAUCAUGACGGCGAGGAUACAGCUAUGCAGAGCAGCCCGCCCUUACCCAGCAGCUCAAUGCCGCAGGAGGAGAAUCACGAGGCUGAACGCAUCGUCGUCCGCUCCAUGCUUUUAGUGAAGGAGGAGCAGCUGGAACAGGCUAAGGCGACGUUUGAGGCUAUCACCGGCAUCCAUAUCUACAGUCUGCAAGCCAAGGGUCUCAGUGACAUACAUUCUCUGACGGAGUGCAACCGCAAAAUAGCUGUGGAUUACGCGUCAGAGGACCCGCUACUGGGCUGGAAGCAAUACGGAACAAUUCAGAAUCCGAACGUCAAGCGCAGAUCUCAGAAAAGGCAACCGCCUCCGCCUGCACCAGCGCCCGAAGUCGCGAGACCAAGGCCGAAACCUGCAGCGGUCGAAAGGCAAGCGUCCAAAGACUCGCAGGACUCAAAGACUGCCGCACAGCCGCCCCCCGUCAAAGCAAAUCCUGAGCUAAACAAAAGGUCUCUUCCACGACAGUCGUCGGAGAUAUUCAAGUCAUUCGCAAAAGGCAAGUCGAAGGACAGGAAGGCGGAGUCUCAAAGCUCUGCCGAAGCGUCACCGGCUCUGAAGCCGCAGGAUGAGCCCAUGGCCGACUUUUCUGACGAAGAAGCGGAUGAGCACGGCGAAGAUAUUGUUGAGGAGGUGCCAAAGGUGACCGAUGGCAAGUCUAAGAGCGAUCGCGAAGCUGAGCUGCAGGCGAUGAUGGAGCAGGAGGACGAGAUUAUGCAGGACGCUGCAGAUGCAAUACCUGACAAGGGUGCUUCCGCCGAGGACGACGAGGACGAUGCCAUUGACAAGCCAGAGGCUAAGACAGAGGAUGAAACGAAGGAAAGCGUAGCGGUCGAGAAUGGUCGCCGCCGCGGCAGGAGAAGGGUUAUCAAGAAGAAGACCGUCAAGGACGAGGAUGGCUAUCUUGUGACACGAGAAGAACCAGCAUGGGAGUCUUACUCCGAAGAGGAGCCUGCGCCCAAGAAGGUCAAAGUCACCCCUGCGUUACCAGCAGUCAACAUUGCCAAAGCCGCUGGCGGUAAGAAGGGUGGCAAGCCUGGACAAGGCAAUAUCAUGUCUUUCUUCUCCAAGAAGUAACAAGACUCCAGCAAUGCCGCUGCACCCUUCUCUCUCGAACGCAGUCACUGAUCCAAAUAUGCGGCGCCCAACUGAAGCAUCUGCUCAAGCACUGGGUUGGGCUUGUCCAGCAAGCGUUUGAGUUCGAUUUCGGCCUCCUCUUGCUCCUGAACAAUGAACUUCGUACCGCAACCUCUAGCCAACUGGUUAGCGAACUAUAGGCGAAACACUUCGAUGGAUCUACAUGACGCAGCUUACCUCCCGUCCAUCCCUGAAGUGUUGGUACAACCAUUUCCACGCUUUGUUCUCCGCUCACUCUGCAUUGCUCUAACCCGCACAGGAUGGAUCCAAUGCUUCCGCGAUCCCCGGUCCCACCCUUGCCACGGCUUCAGAACCGGACAAUCGCUGAACGAACAUCGUGUACCUCGUUCAUCACUUUCUCCGUAUCCCACACUUUGUUUGUGCUACCAAGCCACAUCGUGUGGUUUCCUUCUCCCAACUCUCCACUAA